UGCCCCACGCUUUGCCUUUGACAGUGAGUCCUGCUGCUAGCUGUCGAGCACUUCCAGCCCACAGCCACUCACACUAAGCAGCUCUCCUGUGGGUUUAAUCUACCAGCAGCAGGAGCAGUCAGUUUCUGAACAGCGCUGCGGGACUCGAGCUAACUGGUGUCUGAAAAAACAAAACAAUAAAAACAAAACAAAAACGAGGAGGCAGCAAAGAUGUCCAAAGACACGGAAGGAAAGAGCGAGAAAAUCAUGGACAUGGAGACCAAGGUGCUGUGGUACCCGGACUCCAAGAGGAACACACAGAUGGACAAGUUUAGGAAGCAGGUCAACGGGGACUACGGGCUUAAUCUGGUCAAUUACAGUGAUCUGUACCAGUGGUCUGUGGACAGCUACGCCGAGUUCUGGGCAGAAGUGUGGCGCUUCUGUGGAGUCGUCAGCUCCAAGCCAUAUGAAGAGGUGGUGGAUGUCACCAAACGGAUCUCAGACGCUCCAGAGUGGUUUAAAGGGGCUCGGCUCAACUACGCCGAGAACCUGCUCAAACAUGCAGACCAGGACAAAGUGGCGCUCUAUGCUGCAACGGAGGCGAAUGAGGAGAUUGUGAAGGUGACGUUCGGGGAGCUGAGGCGUGACGUGGCGUUGUUUGCAGCGGCCAUGAGGAAGAUGGGCAUCCAGACUGGAGACAGAGUCGUAGGCUACCUACCCAAUGGUAUCCAUGCAGUAGAGGCCAUGUUAGCAGCAGCCAGCAUCGGAGCCAUUUGGAGCUCAACAUCUGUCGACUUUGGAGUCAAUGGUGUCCUUGACAGGUUUUCUCAAAUCCAGCCCAAGCUGAUCUUCUCCGUCGCUGCUGUAGUUUACAACGGCAAAACACACGACCACAUGGAAAAGCUGACCAGCGUUGUGAAAGGUCUGCCUGACCUGAAAAAAGUAGUUAUUAUCCCCUAUGCUCGCUCCAAACAUGAGACUGACCUCUCCAAGAUUCCGAACAGUGUGUUCAUCGACGAUUUCUUGGCGUCUGGGCGCGGUGAGGCCGACCAGUUCCCUCAGCUGGAGUUUGAGCAGCUUCCGUUCAGUCAUCCUCUGUUCAUCAUGUACUCUUCUGGAACCACAGGUGCUCCGAAAUGUAUGGUCCACUCUGCUGGGGGAACUCUUAUCCAACACCUAAAAGAACACAUUCUCCAUGGCAAUAUGACCUCCAGUGAUGUCAUCAUUUACUAUACUACGACUGGCUGGAUGAUGUGGAACUGGCUGGUUUCUGCUCUGGCAGUGGGAGCCUCGGUGGUUUUGUAUGACGGGUCGCCACUAAUGCCGACACCCAAUGUUCUGUGGAACCUGACGGACCAGCUGGGCAUCACUAUCUUCGGUACCGGGGCCAAGUGGCUGUCUGUGCUACAGGAGAGGAACCUGAAGCCCUCGGAAACACACAAUCUCCAGUCCCUCCACACUAUCUUAUCUACUGGAUCUCCCCUCAAACCUCAGAGCUACGACUACGUCUACCGCUGCAUCAAGAGCAACGUGCUGCUGGGCUCCAUCUCAGGUGGCACAGACAUAGUGUCAUGUUUCAUGGGUCAGAACCCAACAGUUCCUGUGUAUCGCGGCGAGAUCCAAACAAGAAACCUCGGCAUGGCUGUGGAAGCGUGGAGCCCCGAUGGUAAGCCUGUAUGGGGAGAGAGUGGGGAGCUGGUCUGCUUGAAGCCAAUCCCCUGCCAGCCAACACACUUCUGGAAUGACGAGAACGGGAGCAAAUAUCAUAAAGCAUACUUUUCUUCAUAUCCUGGGUUCUGGGCCCACGGAGACUACUGUAAAAUCAACCCAAAGACAGGGGGCAUCGUCAUGCUGGGCAGAAGCGAUGGUACACUGAACCCCAACGGAGUCCGAUUCGGCAGCUCAGAGAUCUACAACAUCGUGGAGGCAUUUGAGGAAGUGUCAGACAGCCUUUGUGUUCCUCAGUACAACGCCGACGGAGAAGAGCGAGUUAUUUUAUUCUUAAAGAUGGCACCCGGCAAGCCCUUCAGUCCGGAGCUGGUGGCAAAGAUCAGAGGAGCCAUUAGAAAAGCUCUGUCUGCCAGACAUGUGCCUGCCCUGCUGCUGGAGACCAGAGACAUUCCUUAUACCAUCAGUGGUAAGAAGGUGGAGGUGGCUGUCAAACAGGUGAUCGCUGGUCGGGAGGUGGCGCAGAGAGGAGUGUUCUCCAACCCUGAUUCACUGGACCUCUACAAAAACAUUCCUGAACUGCAAAACUAUUAGCACUGAAGAGAGGACCUGCAGAAGACGACUGCUUGUCAAAAAUGUUGCUUAGUUUUUAAAUUAACUUUAUUAAAUUCACAGAUAUGCGGGAGAAGUGCAAAGUGCAUUGCAGGGGUAGUUUACACAGGCGCCCUGAGCUUUACACGGGGUAAUAAAUGUGUCUGUCAAAAUAGUCUGAGAAUAACAAAUAAUAUGUACAUAAAAUAAGAAGUUGAUGAUAUCAGGAGAGACUUUAAAAACAGGAUGUAUACAGUUCCAUCGGCUUGCUUUCAAUCAAGUCAUCAAACACUUGCUUCCAGCUCCUACCAUCUAAAUGUUGAUCAGAGUUUGGCUUCGGAUGCGAUGUGCACAGCAGCGCUUUGCACAUCGCUCUGAAACCACCAACAAUGGAGAUGUGAAGUGUAGCAUUAAGUGCUCCGCUUUGGUUUUCGCAGUUUGAUUGUUAUCAGCCUGUGAAGAACCAUAUCUCUGUCUAUCACCUGCUUCUAACCCCGACGCCGGCUCCAAGUGCCCCACGAUAAAAUCCGUGGAGGUUUGCAGAUAAACAAACGCCUCGGUUGUGGAUCACAUCACCAUAAUACGGUUAUGUGGCGCGUGUUGCUUUGUUAAUGUGUAUAUACAUAUGAAUAUAUAUUUUUUGGACUGUGACAUUGCCUAAACAUAAGUAUGCAUUUAACAGUCACCUGGACUUAUUAACCAAAGUGAGUCGAGGAUUUUCUAGAGUCGUAACAUGUCAGUUGUUUUAAAGAACCAGGGAUCCUAGAUAAACUAAACUUUUGUCACAACCUAAAAAGGUAUGGAUUUCCUCUGUGGUUCAAGCUCAAGUUUAAACCUUUAUUUAACUUUUAAACCCUUAAUUCCAUAAUUUUCCACCCAAGACACAAAUAGGCCUUUAUUUAUCCAGCCACUCUUCAAACAGUUCCUUCACAACAUAAAUGUUCUUUUAUUCACCUUUUCUUCAUGAUAUGUGGCAAAGGAUUAAGUAAUGCCAUUAAAGAUGUACGACAGACUCAGAAGACGUUUGUUUCCAUUUUCCCCAAGAAACAACUAAUUGUGGAGAAGUCACAGAUCAGAUCAAUCCACAUCAGUUAAACCGGAGUAAACAUUUCACACCGAUACACAUUUCCUCACGGGGGUUGUGUUUUUCUUCUUGUUCGUCGUUUGAUUUUUUAUUCUACUUAUUUUAAAUAUGAGGUUUAAAUGUAAGUGUAUCAACUGGAAAACUCUACUGUUCAUCUUUAAUGUCAUAUUCACUGCUUACUUUGUAAAAAAUGUGUUCUUUAAAGGUGUCCUGCGGAGUGUCCGGCUACUGCUGAGCAAUGUUUUCACGAGUGGGGACCUGUCUGGUGUAUGCGUCUUGCAUGUGCAUUAGCAAACAUGGAUAUAAACAGCGCAGUUCCUUUUUCAGUGUUUUAUGAGGUUUUUCUGCCUCAUGAAUCUGCAAAGUUCUUUUUGGAGAGAAAUACGGAAUGUAAACGACUUAAUUUGUCUACAAGAAAACUCAACAGGAUACCUCUAAAGUCAAAUAUAAACAGGUUCUCUAUGAAGAAAGGAGACAGGGAUCAUAACUGGAUAACUGUACACUUUAUACACUUUGCGCACUUUAGUAUUGUACUGAAUAUGUGACAACGUUUCUGAUGAAAUCUGGGGAAACAUGGCAGAUCCACUGGACCAUUCUUUAGUAUGCAUGCUUAUUUUUUGCAGAAAACAUUUCUUAUAGAGGCCAAGAGUUUGUUAAUGUAAUUCUGGGUGUUUGGUUCUUCCACCUGUAGUGAAUUUGCAAUGUCAAUUUGACUUGUUUUGGUGUUGCAGAAAGUUUAAUGAAUCAAAUGUGACGGUUGUCCUUGGAUCAUUUCUACAGUACAUGAAUUGCUCUUCUACGCAACAGCAUGAUAAUGAUAACUGUCUAGUUGAGAGGUCAUUUGGACGUGAACACCUCUUGUUUGCACACCUUGACUGGGUUGAGUUUUUCAGGGGAAUAUUUGCAUAAGAAUUCACUUUUAAGCUGUGUACCGUGGGAGAUUUUGCCGCAAGCAUGGGUGCGUUUUCCUGGUUGACAACGGUCAGCGACCCAAUAAAGUGAGGCCAGUCUGAAAGCAAACUAACAGUUCUUUUUGUUACCAGACUUUUAGCAUUUAAUGCCCGUUGCAGAUUCACAGUAUGUGCAUCCACGUUGUUUUCCUAAGAUAAACUGGAAGACCUUUUAUCUGAGGAUUUCUAGACCGAGUACGGAUGUAAGGAGUUCCACAUGAUUUUAGGUCAACAUUUGUUUUUUUUAAACAGCUUUACUACAAUUCUGCCUUCUGAAUUCUGGCACAAAACUCUCCACCAUCUCAAAAGUAGAUGCCAAAUAGUUUUUAGUUUUCUUGGACAAGAAUGUUUAGAGUGAUAUGCAUUUUGUUUCCUGUGUCUGUGGUGUACAGCCAAUCACAUACUCUCACUACAUCAGCUCCAGCUAGCGGCGUGUGAUGAGCACUCAGCAUAGGGUGAAGAAUAAAGAACCGGCAGAGUGAUGGAAUAACUGGAAAAAGUCUGCGAGUUUGAGUAAUUGUAUUUGUGUGUGUGUGUGUGUUUUAAGGAAGUGUGUAGAAGCCAGUCAUUUUGACAGACGGCUCCUUUAGAAAUAAACUUGGCAGUUUUAAAGCUCCCUGUAACCUUUAUAAGUGUGAACGCUCAGACCUGCCAGUCAGCCAAACUUCAAAACACACCAGAGAGGAAAUAUAUAAAAAUAGAAAAAAAUGAGACUUGGUAAGGGUCCAGUUCCUGGGUGUGAAACGUCUAAGUUAUCUGGUGUGCUUGUAUUUUAUGAAUUCCUACCUUCAGUCAGUCUAACUUGAGAAUAUGUAGAGGAGAUGGGAGGGUAGAGAGAGAAAGGAAAGAGGAAGGGGUUGAUAAAUGAAAAGCUGAAGUGUUUACCAAAUUCACAAAUAAUAACCAUCUGAUGAACGUCAGUGAUAAGUGCCAUGCAGUCCCAAAGGAGAGGCUGUCUGCUGCUGUGGGUUUCAUCCCAGUAGUCUCGUAACAGAACGCAUCACAAACCAGAAAAUGACUGCUAACGGCUCGAUUGUUCACUUUGUACUUGACAGAGGUUGACGGUUAAUUCAAUCCAGAUGCAAUCAGUUUCAAAUGUAAGAUGGAAUGGACACAGACUAACGAUCACUGCCUGUUCUGACCUGUGCUGCUUGUGGAAGUGUUUCCCACACAACUUAAAUAAACUGAAAUAUAUGGCCUUUUGCUCA